UUCACACACAUUACCGGAAAAUGGUUAAUCUAUCAUCUCAUCUCUUUCUUUUAUCGCUUUCAUUGCAUUGUUGUUUUAUUGCUUGCUUAGCUGCAAAUACAAAAAACAUCACAACUGAUCAAUCUGCUCUUCUAGCAUUCAAAUCCCUAAUUACUUCAGACCCUUAUGAUGUGUUGGCUAAUAAUUGGUCAACCUCCUCUUCUGUAUGCAAUUGGGUUGGUGUCACUUGUGAUGAGCGACACGGUAGAGUCCACAGUUUGAUUCUCCAAAACAUGAGUCUUAGAGGUACCGUUUCCCCAAACUUGGGGAAUCUGUCCUUUCUUGUUAUACUUGACCUAAAAAAUAAUAGCUUCGGUGGUCAGUUUCCUAAAGAGUUAUGUUCGUUGCGCCGAUUAAAGGUUCUUCAUAUCAGCUACAACGAGUUUGAAGGGGGGAUUCCUCCAGCAUUGGGGAACUUAUCACAACUUCAAUAUUUGUAUCUCGGCGCUAACAAUUUUAAUGGUUUUAUUCCCCAAUCUAUCGGUAACCUUCAUGGGUUGAUAGAAUUGGAUACCAUACGGAACAAGUUGUCUGGACUCAUACCUCGAACAAUUUCUAACAUGUCUUCCAUUGAAGUUCUCCAUUUAUCUUUUAACUACUUUUCAGGUGAAAUUCCAUCGCUUAACAACAUGACUUCUUUGAGGGUGGUAGAUUUUGCCUUUAACAAUUUAAAUGGAAGACUACCAAAUGAUUUUUUCAAUCAGCUUCCUCAACUCAGAAAUUUUAGUUUAAACAACAAUCAAUUUGAAGGAAGCAUUCCACAAUCAAUUGGUAACUGUACAUCAUUGAUAUACUUAGAUUUAUCAUCAAACUUUCUCACAGGUGAAAUUCCAAAAGGGAUAUUGGGUGAUCUUACACAGCUAAUAUCAUUGUCCCUUAUGGAUAACCAGCUUUCAGGUGAAAUUCCAUCGUUUAACAGCAUGACUUCUUUGAGGGUGGUCAAAUUUAGCUAUAACAAUUUGAAUGGCAACUUACCAAAUGAUUUUUUCAAUCAGCUACCUCAACUUGAAAACUGUAAUUUACACAACAAUCAAUUUGAAGGAAGCAUUCCACGAUCAAUUGGUAACUGCACAUCAUUGAUAUACAUAAAUUUAGCAUCAAACUUUUUGACAGGUACGAUUCCCGAGGAGAUUGGCUAUCUUGAUAAACUUCAGCGACUAUCAUUUUCUAACAAUAGCUUAAGUGGAUCUAUUCCUUCCAAAAUCUUCAACAUGUCAUCACUCACUAAUUUGGAGGUUGAACAUAAUAGCCUCUCAGGCACAAUUCCAUCAAAUACGGGAUAUAGCCUUCCUAGCCUGCAACAUCUACACUUGAAUAAUAACAAUUUUGUUGGAAAUAUUCCAAAUAACAUAUUCAACUCUUCUAAUCUUAUUCAUUUUCAAUUGCAUGACAACGAAUUCAGUGGAACUCUACCCAAUAUUGCUUUUGGAGAUUUAGGAUUGCUUGAAUCGUUUCGCAUAUAUAACAACAAAUUGACAAUAGAAGAUUCUCAUCAAUUCUUUACUUCCUUGACAAAUUGUAGAUAUUUGAAAUAUUUAGAGCUAUCAGGGAAUCAUAUAUCUAAUCUUCCUAAGUCAAUUGGAAACAUAACUUCAGAAAAGUUUGAAGUGGAUUCGUGUGGAAUUGAUGGUAAUAUUCCCCAAGAAGUUGGAAACAUGACCAACUUGCUACAUUUUAAUCUUCAUGGGAAUAAUAUAAGUGGACCAAUACCUGGUACAUUCAAAGGGUUGCAGAAACUUCAAUAUUUGAAUCUUGGACACAAUGGACUACAAGGAUCAUUUAUUGAAGAGUUUUGUGAAAUGAAGAGUUUGGGUGAGUUGGGUCUAGAAAAUAAUAAGCUUUCUGGUGUUUUGCCAACAUGUUUGGGAAAUAUGAGUUCUAUUAUAAGGUUAUACAUAGGCUCUAACAGUCUGAACUCUAAGAUACCUUCCUCUCUUUGGAGUGUCAUAGAUAUCUUAGAGCUAGAUUUGUCCUCUAAUGCCUUCAUUGGUAAUCUUCCACCUGAGAUUGGCAAUUUGAGAGCAAUUAUACUAUUAGACCUAUCAAGAAAUCAGAUUUCAAGCAACAUUCCAACAACCAUCAGUUCCUUACAAACAUUGCAGAAUCUCUCCUUAGCACAAAAUAAACUGAUUGGAUCAAUUCCCAAAUCACUUGGUCAUAUGGUAAGCUUGAUCUCUUUGGACUUGUCCCAAAAUAUGUUAAAAGGUGUUAUUCCAAAAUCCUUAGAAUCACUUGUGUAUCUUCAAAACAUCAACUUCUCAUAUAAUAGAUUACAAGGAGAGAUUCCUGAUGGUGGACAUUUCAAAAACUUCAUAGCUGAAUCAUUUAUGCAUAAUGAUGCACUUUGCGGUGAUCCUCGCCUCCAAGUACCUCCAUGUGGUAAGCAAGUUCAGAAAUGGUCAAAUGAAAAGAAGCUUAUAUUGAAAUGCAUACUUCCCAUAGUUGUCUCAGCCAUUUUGGUUGUUGCGUGCAUCAUACUAUUAAAACAUAAUAAAAGGAGAAAGAAUGAAAAUAAUGUUGAAAGGGGUUUGUCAACUUUGGGAGCUCCAAGAAGAAUAUCCUAUUAUGAAAUUGUGCAAGCGACUAAUGGAUUCAAUGACCGUAAUUUCCUUGGAAGUGGGGGAUUUGGCUCUGUUUAUCAGGGGAAGCUUCUUGAUGGUGAGAUGAUUGCCGUUAAAGUAAUUGAUUUGCAAUCAGAGGCAAAAUCAAAGAGCUUUGAUGCAGAAUGCAAUGCCAUGAGAAAUCUACGACAUCGAAAUCUGGUUAAGAUUAUCAGCAGUUGUUCAAAUCUUGAUUUCAAAUCAUUGGUGAUGGAGUUCAUGUCAAAUGGAAGUGUAGACAAAUGGUUAUAUUCAAAUAACUAUUGUCUAAGUUUCUUGCAAAGGUUAAAUAUAAUGAUAGAUGUUGCAUCUGGAUUGGAAUAUCUCCAUCAUGGUUCUUCAAUACCUGUGGUUCACUGUGAUCUAAAGCCUUCCAAUGUCUUGUUGGAUGAAAAUAUGGUUGCACAUGUUAGUGAUUUUGGUAUUUCCAAGCUCAUGGAUGAAGGACAAUCUAAAACUCAUACACAAACUUUGGCUACUAUUGGAUAUCUUGCACCAGAGUAUGGAUCAAAAGGAAUUGUUUCUGUGAAAGGAGAUGUAUACAGCUAUGGGAUUAUGCUAAUGGAAAUCUUUACAAGGAGAAAGCCAAUAGAUGAUAUGUUUGUUGCAGAACUAAGCUUGAAGACAUGGAUCAGUGGAUCAUUGCCUAAUUCAAUUAUGGAGGUCAUGGAUUCAAAUUUAGUCCAAAGAACUAGGGACCAAAUUGAUGAUAUAUUGACUCACAUGUCAUCUAUUUUUAGUUUAGCCCUGAAUUGUUGUGAAGAUUCACCUGAAGCAAGAAUCAAUAUGGCAGAUGUUAUUGCGACGCUAAUCAAAAUCAAGACUUUGGUUGUUGUCGCAAACACAAUCUAGUUAUUUUCAUUUGUAAACUGAUGUAAUUUUUUUUCCUUUUGUAAUGUUUGUCCUUUAACUGUCUACAUUGUUGUAUGAGAUUAAAAUACAUAUUAUUUUCUUAAUAUAUUUCCUUUUGCUUUUAAAGAAAUCAACUAGUGAAUAAGGAUCAUCACAGAAGCAUGUUAAUCGUGUGUACUGUAUCCAUUUAUGUUGUAUCCCCUCUCAAUUAUUAUUAUUAUUUUUAAUUUAAUUUGAAGUUUA